AUGCGUUAUGCGUGAUUGACUGUGCGUUUCUCCCAACCGUUUUCUCGUUUGUACAAAAAUAGGCGUGGACGUCAGAACGUCAGGUUAUUUUGUUGCUGUUUUUGUAUUGCGUUUUGUGCGAAGUCGGUGCAUAUUUCUGGAUUCAAGCGUUUUAUGCAAGUUAUUAUUAACUUACUGAGCAAUGGCGGAACCUAAGUACAGCGCUGCCUCCGAAAUACGAAAGAAAUAUGAGGCGUAUGCCCCGACGAAAGAAAGUAGGGAAGAUCCUUCCAAAUUCAAGUUUACCAACCCAGAAACUGCUGGCUAUGUUGGAUUUGCCAAUCUGCCAAACCAAGUACAUAGGAAAUCUGUGAAAAAGGGAUUUGAAUUCACUCUUAUGGUUGUUGGUGAAUCUGGUCUGGGCAAAUCAACUUUAGUGAACAGCCUUUUCUUGACUGAUUUAUAUCCAGAGAGGACAAUUCCUGCUGCUGCUGAUAAAAUCAAUCAAACAGUCAAAAUUGAUGCAAGUACGGUUGAAAUUGAAGAAAGGGGAGUCAAACUAAGACUGACAGUGGUAGACACUCCUGGAUAUGGGGAUGCAUUGGAUUGUUCAGAUUGUUUCAAGCCCAUUAUACAGUACAUUGAUGAUCAGUUUGAACGUUAUCUCCACGACGAGAGUGGUUUGAAUAGACGUCACAUUAUAGAUAAUCGAGUACAUAGUUGCUUCUAUUUCAUUUCGCCUGCGGGUCAUGGCCUGAAGCCUCUUGAUGUUGAAUUCAUGAAAGCCUUACACAAUCGUGUCAAUAUAGUACCAGUGAUAGCCAAAGCUGACACCUUGACAAUGGCAGAAGUGAAAAGGUUGAAGCAGAGGAUCUUAGAGGAGAUCGCUUCUCAUGGAAUCCAAAUUUACCAACUUCCUGAUGCAGAUGACGAUGAGGACGAGGAGUUUAAAGAACAGACCAGACUUCUUCGAGAAAGCAUUCCAUUUGCUGUUGUUGGAUCAACACAAUUGAUUGAAGUCAAAGGUAAAAAGGUCAGGGGUCGUCUGUAUCCGUGGGGAGUUGUUGAAGUGGAAAAUCCUGAACAUUGCGAUUUCCUGAAACUCAGAACCAUGCUCAUAACGCACAUGCAAGAUUUGCAAGAAGUUACCCAUGAUCUUCAUUAUGAAAACUUCCGUGCACAAAGACUUAAGCAUAAAGAAGGAAGUGCUGAAGAGCCUGAAGAUCCAUCUCUCUCACAAAAAGAUAAAAUUUUGUUGCAGAAAGACGCAGAGCUUCGUCAAAUGCAACAAAUGCUGGCUCGUAUGCAAGCACAGAUGAAAGCUCAACAAAAACAACCAAGCCCAGGAGGAGGAAAAAUGCAAUCACAUCAAGUUUAAUGAAGAAGAUAUGUCAUAGUUUACUCAAUAAUGACAUGGUGUAGGCUUCAUUAUCUUGUCAAUAUAAUUUAGUCUUCAAGAGUUGCUGUUAAAGAUAGAUUCAGCAUGAACACUUCAUUAAAAUAUAUCAUUAUAUCUACCACCAUUUAUAUUUAUAACCAAGAAUUACAAAGAUUGAUAUUUGAAUCAGUAUUUUCAUUCCAAAAUUAUAUGAAACAUACAUGUGUCCUUACCUUACACAGGUCAUGUUGACACAAAGCACAAAUGUGAUAUACAAGAACAAUAAAAAUGUUUUUUUAAGAGAAGUCUCACAAGUUUGUUUGAAGAAUAAAUGUUUGCACAGAUUUUUGGUGUUGGUUGUCCAAUGUAGUAAAAACUGAAAUUAAUCUGCGCUUUGUUUUGAUGUAAUAUUUCUUACUGCCUUAAAUCACAUAUUAUUAAACAAUUGUAAAUUUGAUUUGGCUUCUUUUCCUGCUUGAUCGUUUAAUACCCUUAAUAUCAAAUGCUCUUUUAGUUAUAUUCUGUUUCGUGUUUUGUUUUUUUGAAUUUGUGCAGUAUGCUAAUGUCGAUACCGAAACUCAAAUGAAGGUUGACGGCAGUUGAACGUUUUAUUUUUAUGUAUAUCAUCCUAAAUAAUAUCUGGAACAGGGCAAAUCAAUUUUGAUGUGGCUUUAAAUUUUUCGUACUCUUUGUUUCUUGAAAUAUGCCUUCCUUUGCAACGAAACACAUUGACUCUAUUUCAGGAAGGCCGGUUUUUGUAUGUUAACGCAUUGGUCAUUCGUCGAUGCCCUUAUUUUUUCAUCUAAUAAAGAUAUAUGGAACAUAACUAACCCAAACUUUUAUUUGCAUCCCUCAUAGAUGUUUUAAAUGCUCAUUUAAUGAGCAUUCAGUUUUCACCUACUGCCAAGAACCAUUAGUGUUCUGUGUGCAUAAUUUUGAGAAAAUUCUUGCCCAAAGAGUUUCAUUGUAAUAAAUAACAUAAAAUUGUACAAA